AGCCUUCGUCCCUUAACAACAUUUUGCUUCUGUUAAACAAAAAAAAAAAAAACCCAUUUCAUCUUUGCUUUCUUCUUGGAUUACAGUUUCUCUGUUGUAAUUUCCCUAAAUUUUCUUAAUUUAAGCUAAUAUGGUAGUUUUCGGUAACUCAGUUCGUGAAUCCAGUUCUUUUGACACUAUCCUCUUCGAUUUGGAUGAUACUCUGUACCCUGGAAAUACUGGAUUAUCUGGUGCUCUUAAGAGAAACAUUGAAGAUUUUCUUGUGGAGAAAUGUGGAUUCUCAGAGACUCAAGCUGCGACUCUCAGAGUUGAGCUUUUCAAAACUUAUGGCAGUACUCUUGCUGGUUUAAGGGUGUUGGGAUACAACGUUGAUGCCGAUGAUUAUCAUAGUGUCGUACACGGAAGAUUGCCGUAUGAUCUUAUCAAAGCAGACCCUCAACUACGAAACUUGUUAAACAGUAUCUCCCAGAGAAAAAUCAUUUUCACAAACUCGGAUCGGAUUCACGCGAUGAAGGCUAUGGAUCGGCUUGGAAUCGCUGAUUGCUUUGACCAAAUCAUAUGCUUCGAGACCAUGAACCCUAACUUGUCUAAAGCGACCAGGCCAGACGAAUUCCCUGUCGUUCUGAAACCUUCCAUGGAAGCGCUGAAAAUUGCUCUCUCUGUCGCUGAAGUCGAUCCUCGGCGUACGCUGUUUCUCGACGACAAUGUUCGAAAUAUCGCCGCUGGCAAAGCCGUGGGUCUUCGAACAGCUUUGGUUGGAAAGACCAUGAAAACCAAAGAAGCCGAUUAUGCAUUAGAGAAGGUGAAUAAUCUGGCACAAGUGAUACCAGAAAUAUGGGUCAAUGGAGUUGAAAAGGGCGAACCAAGGAUCAGCCGCACCAACAGUGAGAUCGAGUCAAGUCUUGCAAUCACAGCCGUUGGAGCUUGAAUUGAUAUGGUGUACAUUUUCACUAAUCACAUAUAUUGUCCAUUACACGUAUGUAUGUAUGUUUGUGAAGAAAAUGACUGUGUAUAUAUCUUUAAGAAGGGUCAAAUAUGUGUCUCAAAAGUGUAUCAUUGUACAUGUUUUGUACUAAUAAUAAAAAUAAACUUUGUGUUCAUACAAAA